AUGAAGAGGAUUUGGUUCUGGCAUGACGUUUUGUACCUUUUGUUUAAGGAAGGAAGGGACCACAGAAGGAACCUAAAGAUCUUACAUAAUUUUACCACCAAUGUCAUCAAUGAACGGGCCAAUGAAAUAAAGAGAGAUGAAGAAGGUAAAAGUGAUGACAAAGGCAUGACCCUCUCCAACAGAAAACGCAAGGCUUUUCUCGACCUGCUUUUAAAUGUGAUGGAUGAUGAAGGGAACAAGCUAAGCCUGGAGGCUAUUCGAGAAGAAGUGGACACUUUUAUGUUUGAGGGCCAUGACACUACUGCAGCUGGAAUAAACUGGGCCUUGUACCUAUUGAGUUGGCAUCCAGAAGUCCAGAAAAAAUUAGACAAUGAACUGGAUGAAGUGUUUGGGAAUUCUGAUCGCCCUGUUACCUUAGAAGACCUGAAGAAACUUAAAUAUCUGGAGUGUGUUAUUAAGGAGACCCUUCGUAUAUUUCCUUCUGUGCCUAUAAUUGCCCGUGGUCUUAAUGAAGAUUGUGAUGUUGGGGGGUACAACAUUGUGAAAGGUUCUCAAAUACUCAUCAUUCCCUACGCACUGCAUAGAGACCCGAAGUACUUCCCAGACCCUGAGGAGUUCAAGCCAGAGCGGUUCUUUCCCGAGAAUUCGAUGGGACGCCAUCCAUACGCAUAUGUGCCCUUCUCUGCUGGACCCAGAAACUGUAUAGGUCAAAGGUUUGCCAUGAUGGAAGAAAAGGUCGUUCUUUCAUGCAUCCUGAGGCAUUUUUGGGUAGAAUCCAACCAGAAAAGAGAAGAACUCGGUCUGGCAGGAGAGUUAAUUCUUCGUCCUACUAAUGGCAUCUGGAUCAAGUUGAAGAGGAGAAAUGCAGAUGCAUCCUAACUCUAUUAUUGGGCU